AUGAUCUCCGACGACGACCUCUUCCGCCUCGCCAUCUUCCUCGGCUCAUGCGCCAUGCUCCUCAUUGUCCUUUACCACUUCCUCGAAAUCAACGCCAAAGACGAAUCACAAUCUUCUCUUUCCACAUCCCCCACGACAUCCGCAGACAAGAAGAUUCCCGUCGGUGCGGACCCCGUUGUUUUUGCCCCUGCUGCUGCGCUUGCUUCGAGGGGCAGUGCCGGGAAGACGACCUAA